GAAAAACCUCGGUAAUGUUUAUGUGUUAAACCUUACUAUUUUUCAAUUAAAAUCACCAUCCAUCCACUUAAAUAUUUAGAAUUAUUGCAAGAUAUAUUAUAUUUAAUCAUAUAGGAAAAUUAAUCGGUUAUAUCAUAUGGUUUGUAUUUUUUCAAAUCGUUUUAUGAAGAAAGCAAAGCUUACGUAAAGGAUAUAAAAAUAGUCCAAAGACUAAGAGGAAAGCAUUAUUUUAUAUGCUUUAUGCCUAAAGUCUUAAACUUAAAGAAUUAUUCUUCUUUCGAUUACCUCCGUUUAUGCUUACAAUUUCACUUUGGAAUGAAUCAAUAUACCUUUUGAUCCUGUGUUAGACUGGUUAAUUUCUCAGUUCAAUUUAACUCAGAUCUGAUCAUUCAGAAUUAAUGAAAUAUGAGACUGAGAAAAGGCACUUAUUUCACUUAUAAUUUAUAUAUUUAUAUUAUUUAUAUGGUCAUAAUUUUCUUCACCAACCACUUGAAGCUAACUGAAAUUAAAAUCAUGGCCUAUAUUAUUGUGUAUAACUAUUUUGUUUUAUUCAUUUUCAGACAUGGGUAAAUUUAUGAAAUCGGGGAAGGUUGUUUUGGUCCUUGGAGGACGAUUUGCCGGACGCAAAGCUGUCAUUGUGAAAGUAGGUAUAUCAUUUUGGAUUUGGACGUGACCAUUUUCAAAACAAUAACUGUGUAUGCCUUAUGAACCUAUUAAUAUUUAACCAGAUAGGGAUAGACAUAGUAAGGACAGUGCACAUAUUGUACAACGCAAAGGGUUUGUGUAUCAUUUUCAAUGAUUUGUUGUAUAAUGUAGGGUUUUUUAGUUUUGAGAGUGGUAGAGAUCAACAGCAAUGUUACAUUAAAAUUCAUUUUUAUUAGUUGUUAAUGCUUGGUAAACAUGGACUAAAUGCGCCAUGUUUCACACUGCCAUCAUAUUGUUUGCCAUGACUCAUGAAAGGUCAGUACUUGUAGACACGGAAUACAAAGUGGUAAAAAAAAAUUAUAAAUGAAGACAAACAAUACAAACUAGUUUUCAAAUAAUGAAAACCCAACGUACACACUGGAUACUUUUAACAGAGGAUCUGUUGACCAGUACAUAGUGUAUGCUGGUAGUUUGUGCCCACCAAACAUAUGUAUAUAAAUGGUUGACAGUGACCUGGAGUGAAAUUGUGAGCAUUCCUGUAGGCAGCAUACAAAUUGGUCUGGUCAGAAAUCUUUUGUAUAAUUUCAUCAGGAAAAAUAAUUUUAAAAAUUCCACUGGCUGAGACUGAUGAUCAAUAUUUAUAUUAACAAUAUUAGGCCCAACACCUGAUGUAAACAUCUCAAUUUUCACUGGAUUGAGCGUAGCAUUCUAAGGCAAAGACUGAGUAGUAGUAGUAACUUCACAAUCUUCAGUAUCGUCGUCAGAACUCUCACUUUCAAUAUUGCUACCACUACCAAAAACAUUUUCAUCAGGCGUUUCGACAAAUCCAUUUUCAAUGUCACUUUCAUUGGAAUCACUAUCGCUAUCACUUUCAUUACAAUUAUUGGAAACCAAACUUUCUAAAAAUCGGAAAGCCAAGCUUUAAAUAAAAUGAUUUUCAAAAAUCUGUGGCUAGGUACUUGGGUAAAAUUUUCAUAAUGAAUUUAUAGCUUUAAGAGCUAGUUGGUUAGAUAGGGCCUGAAAAAUGCAAUUCAUUGAUAACAAAUUUAUGUUUGUAGGUCAAUUCUAAAGAAAGUUAUGAUUUUUUUCGUGAAUUAUUUUGGGAUAACUCUGUUAAUUGAGACAUAUAGAAAAAUAUAAAAUGAAAUAAAAAUAGGGCAGAGAUUUGGGAGAGAUGUUAAAAAAGAGCAGUAAAUUGAAGUUAUUUAACCAUAACAAACCAUUCCAAACAGACGUCAUAUCAUAAAUUCUAUGGUACGCAAGAUGAGCUCAUUAAUACUCAAAAUGGCCGUAAAAUUUCCAUAUGUCAUAUUUGAAUAUGAACAUAACAUGAACAAUAUUCUUCAAAAUAUAGGGUCAUGUAUAUCAAAUUGUUCGUAUUAAAAAGGGGAAAAAUAAUAAGUAGCACAUGGAUGAGUGAACCAAUGUGUCCAUUAAGAAAUUUAAUUUAUUUUAUAUCUCCGAUAGCAAAUCAAUAUCUGAUAUUAAAUGUAAAAUAUGUAUUUUAAAGUAGGAGUUUUUCUUGCAUAGGGGGUAUCUUUCAAUUCUAUAUUCUGUUUGCUAAGUGUAGCAUUAGCUUUUCAUAGAAUCCCUACAAUUAAAAAAGAAUUGUGCUGCUUCAACUAUUGCCUACAAAUUGCUAAUAUGAUUAACAUUAUGAUGUCAAUGUCGUUGGAUAGGCCUUUAAAAAAAUAAAGUAUUUUUGUGUGUGUGAAUCAUUUCAAAGUAUCAAUUCAUCUAAAUAAUAAACAAAUCUUAAUUUUAAAUCUAUUAUGAAGAUAAAAUAAACUUUUCUUCAUAUUUCCACGCUACAAAUGUGUCAGGUAGCUUAGACCAAACUCCCUAAUAGGCCUAUUACUAUUAUAUGGGAGUGGAAGUUUCACUAUUUAAAUAAAGAAAUACAAUUAAAUAUCUAUUCAUGUGUCUUCUUUGUUAAUAAUAUUAUCCUCAAAUAAAUUGUUUAUUAAUCAGAUUACUUAAGAUUUAAAAAUGAUUUGCUGAGGUGGAUUCGGCCAUCUUGAAAAUGGUAUCCAGGGAGGAAACAACCAUGUGGUGGCUGUUUUGAAAAUUUAAUAAAAUCGUUGGGGUAGGUUGGGGGGACUAUUAAUUUGUUUAUUCUUGAAGAUAAUUGGAUGCUCUAAACAGUGGUUAUCAUGAAAAUCGAGUCUGGUGAGUCUAUGCGAGAUAUUAAAUAGUACACUUAGCUUAAUUUAACUUGAUAUAUAUUUUUGUUUUUCAAACGUGAUUGAAAAUCUGAAGACACUGUAUUAUUCAGCUUCCAAUUCUCUUUAAAAUGAUAUAUCACACUACCUAUUUAAUAAAGAAACAACCACAAAACACAUUUUUUCCCAAUGCAUAUGCAAAGUAUACAUUUUGAAGUGGACAAAAAGUUGAACAAGGGGCACGUAACUCUGCAAUUAUUUGACACUUGCAGAAAACUGGUUUACCCAAGUACCUACUGUGGCUCGCGUCUCUCUCAAUGUAAUUCGUUUCCGUGAAAAGGAAAAGGAAGUAGAACUUUUCUACUUUCAUAGUUUAUUAUUUUAUACCGUUUUCUGGUGCAAUAUAUCAUUUAUUUGGUAUGUGUAUAUAGACGUCGAUGGCGGGCGAUGUGGUAUAAAAUGCUAGCGGGCGAUGGCAGGGGAUACAGGAAGUUACCGGUUAACGUACAUAACAUGCAAAUAUGACCUUAUUUUCUGCAGAUAAAACAACUUGAGACUGAGCGCAAAAUUUGAGUAGCAAUUUUAUGUACCGGGGUAUCCCCAUAGACACGACUCAAUAAUGACUUGAGGUUGCCCCCGUAUUGAGUCACAGUUUUACAUACUGCCCAUCCCCAAUAAGAUAUAUAAGUUAAUAGUUAUUUCAAUAUUUUAUAGAUUUUGUAAUCUAAUACUUGGAUAUUGUCAAAAUGGUUGAAAAGGGCAGUGUUGGAUUUAUUGUGUUUUACAAUAAAUUGUGUCCCCAGAAACCCCAAUUAUCCCUAGAGCUUAACUCUCCACUCUGUCGCUAAAAGUUAAAUUAAGAGAAUUGUUUAAAUAGCAAUCGUUAUGCAGGCAGAUGUUCAGCAGGGCUUUUAGUUUUAUAAUCCAAGAAAACGAGAUUACCAGAACACCAGAUUAAUAGAACACUAUUCAGUGAAAUAACUAAGCGCUUUAUAUCACUUUUCCUUAAUUUUUUAAGAAUUACGAUGAAGGAACACCUGACAAGCCUUUUGGUCAUGCUCUAGUAGCUGGCAUUGACAGAUAUCCUCGUAAAGUAACAAGAAGCAUGGGCAAAAAGAAAUUGAAGCAACGAUCCAAAGUAAAGUCUUUUGUGAAAGUCUAUAACUUCAAUCAUUUGAUGCCAACUAGGUGAGAAUAAAUUUGAUAUUUAUCUUUAAAAAAUUAAUCAUUUUAUCAAGUCCUUUUUUACAGCUGAAAGGAUCGAAAUGCAUUUUACAUUAUUUAAAUUAUUUCAGCUUGACUUAGAACCUAGUGGUGUGCAUGAUUUCAUUUAAAAAUUGAUUUCAUCCUGUGAGAUUAGCUAUUGGUCUUUGUUAUGUUCAUAUAUCAUUGCAAUUGUUAUAUUAUGCUAAAAUUAAUUUAUUUCAGGUUGCUCUGGUCUUUAGCUAGUUAUAAUUUAUUAAUGGCACUGCAAAUUGUCACCAAAUGAACUGCAUUUGCAAAGUAAAAUAAUUAAGCCUAUUGUGGGGUACUUGUAUAAUUUAAAAUCUAAAUCAACCAGUGCUUUUGUUUCAUAUCUCUGAACCUGAAAAGGACACAUGCACAUUUUUUUUUUUUUCAAUUCCAAAAGCUCUGCCAUUACAAAACAUUUUUCUCAAGUGCAUUGUAUGACACUUAGAUGACAGAGUCAUCAGUAUGCAUUGUACUUUUCUGGAUGAUUUUUAUAUAAAAAGGGUACAUACAAAUUUCUUAGAAGAGGUUUUUUAAACUGUACAUUAUCCAAGAGCGUGUGGUGAAACUUUUAGGGAUCAAAAUUUCAUUUAUCUACAUUUGACACUUGUUAAUGUAAAACUAAAUUGCUUUUUCACUGUAUUAACUCUCUGCAGUCCGACUAUAGAGAAAUGGUACUUAUAAGUACCAUAGAUUUUGUGGGUGGGUUAUUUAUUUUUUAACUUUUUUUUUUUAAUUGAAAAAAAUUAUUAUAUUUUAAUAAUUUGUUUCAUUGAUUUAAGUAUUAGUAAAAAAAAUUAAAAUUAUUACAAAUUUGAAAUUACUAUUUAAAAAAUAUUUUUGGAAACAUUCAGCGCGGGGUAUCCUUGAAAACUUCGCAUAUUUAAAUACAAAAAUAAAUUAAUAUGUCUCACAAAGAAAAUUAAAUAGUAGUAUGAAUAUUGUCAAAUGAUUUUAAUUUCCCGAUUUAUCAAGGAGUUAUUUGUUUGUCUAAAGUAAUGUAUCCAAAUGGAGACUCUAAUCAUGAAAUUUAUCACGAUUUGCAUAUUAAAGUACCGACUAAUGCUAUCGUAAACAAGUAAGCUUAAUUUUAAUUAUUUCCCGACUUUAAAAUUAAUAAUAAAACAAUAAAGUGAUAUUUUUAUAAUUUUAAUUGGCUGAAGUAUAUAUUAUCCAUUUAUACUUAUAUUGAUAUAUUCUAUUUGAAUUUUAUUGAGUUUCAAUAAUUACAUAAUAAAUAAAUAGUGUCGCUGUGCGAAAUAAAUAUUUUAAAAAAAUAGCCGCAAAUUUGGGCCAACUGGAACUUGCGUAAUUAAAUAAAUUUAAAGUUAAUGACUUCUGAGUUAUUAACUAAAUAUAUUUAUUUAAAAUAUGUUACAGCCAAGAAUAAUCUUCAAAAUUUUCUAAUAUUGCAUAGUAGAAAUGUGUUUAAAUUUAAUUAUCAUUAUCGCUAGUCACUAGUAUUAGUAGUGACUACUGGGCAGAAUAAAAAAAAAAAAAUUACGUUUUUAUUAAAAGCUCUCUAACUCUAAUGGGAAGGAGGAGAGAGAGACAAAAAUGCAGAUAUUGGAUCAAGAAGCCCUUAUUCCUUAUUGAUCCUAAAUAUUAAGCCUGGACUCCACCCUUUUACUGAGUUACAGAGUUACUGGAUGAAUAUCUUUGAAGAUUUUACCCUAAAAACAAGUGGUGGUAAGUUUUAAUCUAAUCACUUGGUAGCAAAAUGCAUAAAGAAUAAACUCACAAUAUUGUUAUAACAUAUGUUAUAAUGUAUUUUCUAUGUACAAUGGUUUACUUUUAUACUAAUUUAGGCAUUUGGACUAGGAUUUAUGGUAUUUUCCCUUACUGAUAGCACACCAUUACUGAUACCAUUAGUGUUAAUUUAUUUAUGAAUCAAUCAAUUUUUUUUCACAGGUUCUUUAUUGAGUGAAUAUUAUGUGGUGAAAAAUCUUACCUAAUCUUAUGUAGAAAUCAAGUCCAGGACAAGCUCUUAUUUAUCAAAUAUAAUUAUUAUAUGAAGAAAUAUUUGUUCAGAUAAAUAUAAUUAAGGAAUACUGCAGUUUAUCAGCCUGUGUUAUGUGGUGAUUAUAACAAAGAUAGACCGUAUAAAAAUGCCGGUACAUGGUAAAAAAUAGAUUACAUUAGUGAGGAAUGGAUCGUAUUUGACAUUAAUAUCAAAAUUAGCAUUAUUGUACUGAAACAUUUUAAUUUUUUUUAACUUAAACAUCAGCGAAUACCGCUGUUUUAAAAUUUAAAAAAACCAACAUGACUCUUGUUUUGAGUUAUUUAUAUAAUCAUCAAAUUUUACUUAGUUAUCUUUUACUCAAGAAUUAUUAAGAAAUAUAUUAAAUAUACAAAUCUAUAAGCUAUGAGGCCCAUUUUUAAAAUAUCCCAUUCGCUACUAUUGCAACCAAAUGUGACAUACCCGCCUCACUACUAAUGCGACUGAAUGCGCUAUCACGCCUAGCAACGUACAUAUAACACACGUUAUCGCGAGAAGCAUUGUUGCCUUGCGAAUAGCUUUGGGAUUUUAAGGAAGUGAGAAUAGAGGUGCUUCCGUUAAAAAAAACGGAUGUUUCUAUCAUUUACGGUUUGAAAGCUGCGUGGUGUUAAGGUCAGUCUAAGCUUAGUGAAUUUGUGACUCGUUUUUUACGUGAAUUAUUUUGCUAUGGCUUUUCAAUUUCUUGACUCUUUGAUUGCUGCAUCCACUUCUAAUUAUCAAGUAAUAAUUCUGACAAUGAGGAUGAAUCAGACAUUGAUAUUGAUCCAAAUGCAUUGAAUUUAGACUCAGAAUCGGAAAAUAAUACCGAUGAAAGUGACGUUGAUGAUAGCGACCCAGACACUGUCACUGAGUCUUGGUCAGGCGAUUUGACCAGUGUAACUAAGAUAGAAUUAUUUCGUGAGAUAGAAGGUGGCAUCCAUAACCUUCCUAUUGAAAGAGGUCCAAUUGACUAUUUCAAACUGUUUUUGACCCAUGCCAUGGUGGAACUUAUUGUAGUGGAAACCAACAAAUGCUGAGCAACAGCAGACUGCUAAGGGCCGAAAAGACACCCAGUGGAAGGCGUCACUAAUGACAUUUAUAAAUUUACAUACAUAAAUAUUGUUUGGGCUCCAUAAAUUGCCCACUACUAAAUUGUACUGGUCCAGUGACAAACUUUGGAGGGUCCCUGCAGUUGCAGAUGUUAUGGGGCGCACCCGAUAAGAAAAAAUAUGUCAAUAUUUUCAUAUCACUAACAGUGAACACAUGCCAGCCAAAAAUAGUGUCAACCAUGAUCCCCUUUUCAAAGUGAGACCACUACUGGACCAUAUUUGGAGUGUCUGCCAAACAGCGUAUAAACCGCAAGGACAGCUGUCCGAGGAUGAAGCAAUGGUUGGAUUUCGUGGCUGAUUAUCCUUCAACAAUACUUGAGCAACAAGCCAACUCCAUGGGGCAUCAAAAUUUGGUGCUGCGCAGAAGCCAAAACCGGUUACAUUCUUAACUUCCAAGUCUAUACCGGCAAAAAUAACAAUCCAUCAGAACAUGGACUUGGAUAUAAUGUUAUGUCCAUGAUGGAACCGUACUUGGACAAGUACCAUGUAGUGUUUUUCGACAAUUUCUUUUCAUCUCCAAAACUUGCAGAGGACCUCUACUCUUAUUGCGAAAAACAUAUAGCUGUGCAACCAUUAGGCCCAACAGAAAAGGCUGGCCUCUACCAAAGUCUAUCUGACUAACACCGUGCCUAUUAUCCUGUGGGUCGAGCAAGCACCAAGUGGUGGAGGUAAGAGUUCUGGUGCCUCCUAGAUCUGUCAAUGAUCAAUAGCUUGCUGAUUAUGAAAAGUGCGAAGCCUGCUGAUGCCUCAGACUCUCCAGCCCAAAACCACCUGAUGUUUCGAAAGGCUGUGCUGGAACAACUUUUGACUGCUGCUACCAAAUGCAGGCAGCCAGACACACCCAGUAUCUCAGGCAGAGCUAGCCCAUACAACAGCCAACACAUGCUGAGUCCAAUGUCUGGUAGAAAAGGACGAUGUUACCACUGCUCGAUUGAGGGCAACAAGAUGGACAGUGGCAGAACUAGGGAAACAAAAACUGGUUGUCAUUUGUGCCAGGUGCAUCUGCACAAGGCUACUGUUUUUCAAAAUUCCAUGAGACUCUAAAAUCAAAGUGAUACACAAACUAUGGGGGUCAACGCUGCCAACAUUCACCGAAUUUUUUUUAAAAUUUGACUUUCAUGAUUUAUUGCAAAUAUAUUUGGAAAUCAAACUAUAUUAAACCAUACAUUUUUGAAAAGGUUAUUCAAUUUUCUAUUUUUUAAUGCAUGUUUUGUUAAUAUAGGUUUAUAUUUAGUUGUUAAAAAUAAAAAAAAUAUAGCAUUGGGGAGGGGGGGGGGGGAAUGUAUUUUAGAGUGAUUUCCCUUUGCUUAGUAUUUCAAGGGGUGUUUUGGUGUUUGUGGUUAUUAGCGAAUGUGAUAUAUUACAUACAAAACAUAAUUUUAAUUAAAAGAAAAAUUAUAGUGCAUUUUUUAGGGAAAAAAUACAAAAUAUAGGUUUUGCUAAAAUGUUGACAACUUUUUGAUUGUUCAUUAAAUUUUUGUCAUGUUUGACUUUGAAUUGUAUAAGUUGAUGAAGUAUUUUAUUUAAAUAAAUAUUAAAUCUUUUAUAACAAGGAUGUGGUUGUUUUUUUCCCUUCAUACUGUGUGAAAAUUUUGUCAAAACUUUGCAUACCGGUAAAAUGAAAAAAAAAAAAUUCUCCAAUGUUUCAAUUAUUUUUAUAACUAAGAAAAUAAAAUAUACACAAAAUAUCUAAUGAUAGCUAAGUCAAAGAUGAACAAGUUAAUAUAUUUAACUGAUCAGAUCAGAGCUAUUUCAGAUCAGUUAAUUAUUUUAAAAAAUCACCUUAAGAUUAAGAAAUGUGAAAAAAACGUCAGACUGCAGAGAGUUAAUAUAGUUAUGCUUUUUUAUCUCAGGUAUUCUGUUGAUAUCAACUUUGAGAAAAAUGUUGUCAACAAAGAUAUCUUCCGUGACCCUGCUCUUAAGAGGAAAGCCAGGAGGGAAGUGAAGGCAAAAUUUGAAGAGAGGUAGGGAUUUACAGUAAUAUAAAAUUACUAAUUUCUAACAUUCUGCCAUUCCUUACAUGCAGAGUUUUUAAAAAAAAAUAUUUUAAUUGUAAGGCCAGAUGAACUCAUUAUCUUUACAAAAAAAAAUCUGCCAGUUUUAAAUUACUUUGAUAAUAAAAAUUGUAUUCAUUGCAGCUCACAUAAUAAAAUAGUGUUCAAACAAGAUUGGAGUUUGCUCAAAAAGUUUUUGUAGCUGAACUCACACCAUAGUCAUACUAGUACCAGAUAUAGAUGAAAAAGAACAAGAACUUUAAAUAAUAAAGACAUUUCCUAAUUCAAAACAUAUUUAUUUUUCUCAACAGAUACAAAACUGGCAAAAACAAGUGGUUUUUCCAAAAGUUGCGAUUUUAAAAGGUUAUUAAAAAUAAAUUAUGCCAAAUUAUUUUGUGUUGCUUUUUUCUUUUUUUACAAGUUUUUGUGAAUUUUUUGUACUGUACUACACGACUGUACAAGUAAAAGGAUUUGACAUACACCGAUUUACAAAACCUUUAUAUAUGUAAUUUAUCAUUCAUAAUACAGCCUAAACAUCUAGUUAAAAUACUUGAAAAAGAUUUUUCUAGAAGCCAUU